AUGCAAAGAGAAGAGAAGCAGUUGGAAGCUACAUUACAUGCUAUUUUAAAUAGAGUAAACGAUUUAAAAUCAGCAAUUCAAGCUUUGAUUUCAAAAUUAGAAAAUGAGUAUGAAACCAUCCAUUGGCCUUCAUUUCUUGACAACUAUGCAAUUUUAUCUGGGCAUUUAACUGGCCUAAGUAAAAUAUUGCAAGCUGAAUUAGCACCUUCACUGCGGUCAGUUGUAGUGUUACCGCUUCAAUUAGGCUGUGAAAGAGAUGAAGAAUUAUCUCGGUUGACUGAAGGAAGAGUUCCUGCCUGUACUCAUGAUUUAGUACCGGAUCUCUUGCGUACUAAGCCAGAACCGCAGGCUGAACAAAGACUACAGCAACUUAUUCAUAAAGCCAGUACAUUAAACUAUGAUACAGCUCAGAAACAAGUAGCACAAUUCACUAAAGUUAUUAGUCAUGUUUGGGAAAUUAUAUCAAAAGGACGUGAAGAUUGGGAAGGAGAAUCAAUGAGAUCUGCAGGUAUGCAGCCUACACAUAGCAUUGCUGAUACACAUGCUUUAGUGACUGCUGUGGGAACUGGCAAAGGUCUCCGACCUGGCAUGCCAGCUUGUGUCCCACCAGGUGUGGUUGCCCCAGGAAUGGGACCAUCACGAGGACCUACACCACAAAUGGGACCUGUAGCUCCUAUUAUGCCCAAAGCACCAUCAGCUAUUAAGACAAAUAUUAAAGCAGCUAAUCAAAUACACCCAUAUCAACGUUAA